GAAAAUCCAUUAUUUGACAAAAUGUUUGCGUAUCUUGCUCUACUUGUAGCUAUUGCUACAGUUCAUGGCUAUGACAGAACUGAUGUGAGGAUCACCUCAGCUUUGAUGAGCCCUCACGCUUUACAGAAACUGUACUCAGACUAUUCUCAAGAACAAGGCAGGAAACUCAACAGAGCUGAACAGAGGGUUCGACUGGGUCUCUUCAGGAAAACUCUCCAAACUGUUGCUGAGCACAACUCUCAUGAUGAGUCCUGGCAGAUGGGUCUUAACCAGUUCUCUGACAUGACAGAAGAGGAGAUGUACGGUUACACUGGAGCUAACUUCACCCAAGAACUCGGAGACGACGUCCCAGAGUACAUGGUGCCCCUCACCGCCGGACCAUCCUCCGGAUCUCGAGACUGGAGAACUGCUAACGGUGGCAAACACCAGGCUGUCACCAAAAUCAAGAGUCAGGGACGAUGUGGAUCUUGCUGGGUGUUCUCUGCUAUGGGAGCUCUGGAGGGAGCUUACAAAAACAAAGGCAGUAUCCUCAAGUCUUUCUCCGAACAGGAGGGUCUGGAAUGUUCUAUGAAGAAGGGAUGCGGAGGCGGAUGGAUGCACUAUGUCUACAACUACGCUAAGAAGUCCGGUAGACUGGCUGAGAUGAAACACGUACCAUACAAGGGAAAGGAAGGACCCUGCAGAUUCAGCAGCUCACAAAACGGUCUGAUUGCCUUCAAAGUCAGUGGUUACACCAACGCUAAAGGAGACAGCAGACAGGUUGCUGCACUCGAGAGCUCCGGUCCUCUGUCUGUUGCCUACACUUGCACCAAGAACUUCUUCAAAUACAGAGGAGGAGUCUACAAUGAGAGGAGCUGCAGUGGAGGUGGUCAUGCUGUAACCAAUGUCGGAUACGCUCCCGACUACUUCAUCAUGAAGAACUCAUGGGGAGCCAGCUUCGGAGAGAAAGGAUACUUUAGGAUUGGACGAGGAAACGUUUGUGGUAUCACCAACCAGGGACUGAUCCCCACUUUGUCCGCCACUGGUAAGACUGAUCCGGGACAAGAUGAGGGAGGUGAUGACGGUGGUGAUGAUAACGGAGGCACGUGUGUGGCGGUUGAUAAGAAUGCCAGAUGUGCAGAGUGGGCUGCUAGAGACCCGUCCGAAUGCACUGAGAACUGGAGGUAUAUGACUGACAACUGCAGGAAGUCUUGCAAACAGUGUGAAUGUGUUGACGUGGGAUUGAAGUGCGCUGAGUGGAAGGGUAAGGGAUACUGUGACGGAGGGGAGUUUGUUAACUUCAUGUCCCGACUCUGCAGGAAGACUUGUGGAAAGUGUGACAAGGACGAUGGUGGAGAUGAUGAUAACGAUGGAGGAUGCCAGGAGGGUUUCAAGAAGUGCCCAGAUGGAAGCUGCGUUCACGAGCACUGGAACUGCGAUUAAAAGAAAACUCCUCACUGUGGUUAAACUAACUUAGGAAACCUUUCAUCAAAAUAAUAUUGUAAAAUUUUACAUUUUAGCAUAUUUUA